UGCUCUUAUUUCUGGAUGAGAUGAAGUCCGGACGGCUGACGCUUCACUUACUGAUGUCUGUCCUGGUCAUAGGUCUUGUGAAGAGGACAGCCACAGCGUGUGGUCGGCCGACCUUCUCCCAGCGCGUUGUGGGUGGUAAGAACUCUGUCUCAGGGAAGUGGCCAUGGCAGAUCAGCAUCAUCUAUGAACGCUCCCAUCUGUGUGGAGGGUCCCUCAUCUCAACAAGCUGGGUGGUCACCGCUGCACAUUGUAUGAGUUCAGAGAGAAGAAGGAGACGCAGGGGGAGCAGCGUUGACCACAGACGCUCCACACACAGAAGACAUAGAAGACUGACGAAUGGAGAAUUAUAUGUGAUGUUGGGAGUGCUCAACCUUACAGGCACCAGUACCUCAGGGGUUAUUGUGCCGGUAAAGACAGUCAUCAUCCACCCAAUAUACAACGGAGAUGGGACCAGCGGAGAUCUGGCCUUACUAGAACUAGAGAGUCCUGUGACCUUCAACAACUACAUCUGGCCAAUCUGCCUCCCCUCGCCCAACCAGGUGUUCCCCGAUGGAAUGAUGUGCUGGCUGACCGGAUGGGGGGACAUCGCAGAAGGUGUGAAGUUGUCCGCCCCGUACAUCCUGCAGGAGGUGGAUCUCCCUCUUAUCAACUCCUCCGCGUGUGACCAAAUGUUCAGAGACAUCUACAACAUUGAUUCUUCUAUUGUCAUCGUACAAGAAGAUAUGAUCUGUGCCGGAUACUGCGAGGGCAAGAAAGAUGCCUGCCAGGGGGAUUCGGGGGGUCCCUUGGCAUGUCAGAUUGGCAGCUCCUGGUUUCUUGCUGGGAUUGUAAGCUGGGGCGAUGGUUGUGCCAGACCAGGGGAACCCGGCGUCUACACCAAGGUCUCCAGCUUCUCGGCCUGGAUACAGGAGAACAUCAAUCUACCUGCAAAUUCUGGGAGGAAAAUCAACGCGACAACCAUCGAUGUCAAUACAUUCAGCACAAAGACACCACAAACAACCGCACAAAGCUUCUCCUUAUCCAAAAACAUUCAUGGAAUCUCCAACCUGGCAGGACCGAGGUCUAACAUGGCGACCGCACACAUGGUGCUUCUCAUGAUCCUCUUCAGGACAUUAGACAUUUUGUAGGAAGUACCUGAGAAGCUGUAAAUAGCUUCAGCUAUCCUGGAGGUCUACAAUGGAAAGGUCCAAUCUUUUGAUUUGUUUGGAAAUCUGAAUGUAAG